UCCGUUUUACUUUCCGCUGCCGAGAGUGCUUGGUCUGUUUUCGUGCUGCAGCGCAGAGCCGACGAAGCCUGCGUGUUAGUCGCUAAUUUGUGCUGUUUAUCCGGUCUGUAUUUCGUGGGUUUCCCAGACGAGGUGGACUGUAAACAAUGGGGGACAUAAAAAACUUUCUGUACGCGUGGUGCGGUAAGAAGAAGUUAACGCCAAACUAUGACAUAAGGGCAGCUGGAAAUAAAAACAGGCAGAAGUUUAUGUGUGAGGUCCGUGUUGAUGGUUAUAGUUACAUUGGAAUGGGAAACUCCACCAGCAAGAAAGAUGCCCAGUCCAAUGCUGCAAGGGACUUUGUGAAUUAUCUUGUCCGAAUCGGUGAGAUAAGUGCUUCUGAGGUACCUGCUUUAGGGGCCAGUGUCCCAGAUGUGCCUGAUGGCAGUGGGCAGGAAGGUGGUGGCUUUGGAAAUCUCCCAGCCAAUGGACCUCUACCUCCACAUUUAGUUGUGAAGAAUGAGUCAGUGGCCGACAAAGCCUCUGCUCCAGUGCCUGGAGUGACUGGACUAGGCUAUUCGGGUUUUGGCAAUUCUCAGUGGGAGCGAGGGGCUAACCUGCAGGACUACUAUUCAAAGAGGGAUGAACAGGAUGCAAAAGCUACUUUGGAGUCAGAGGAGGUAGAUUUAAACGCUGGCCUUCAUGGCAACUGGACCCUGGAAAAUGCCAAAGCUCGACUGAACCAGUUUUUUCAAAAGGAGAAAAUCCAAACAGAUUACAAAUACAGCCAAGUGGGGCCUGACCACAACAGGAGCUUCAUUGCUGAAAUGACUAUCUUUGUAAGACAGCUAGGACGAAAAAUCUUUGCUCGUGAACAUGGCUCCAAUAAGAAGCUAGCAGCACAGUCAUGCGCUCUCUCCCUGGUUCGACAGCUGUACCAUCUGAGUGUCAUCGAGGCUUUUACAGGGCAGACAAAGAAGAAAGAAGGCGAGACUGUGGAAGCAUAUGAUGUGAAUGUUAGUGAAGAUCUGAAGCAACAACUACAGAGCGUCAUCAAUGAGCUCUGUGUCCACAUUCCUCCACCUGAUCCUAGCGGUCCGGUGUCCCUUGUUCAGGGGAAGAUGGCCCAUUUUGAACCUUCACAGAGGCAGAGCAUGGCAGGUGUGGUGCCCUGGUCUCCCCCUCAAGUCAACUGGAACCCUUGGACCAGCAGUAAUAUUGAUGAUGGUCCACUGGCUUUUUGCACCCCAGAGCAGAUCAGCUCAGACCUGCAGCAGGAGCUCAGCUACCAGCUGGAGCAUGACAAGGACCUACAGGCGAUGAUGCAUGAGCGUGAGCAGCUACCAGUAAAGAAGUUCGAGGAAGAGAUCAUGAAUGCAGUCCACAGAAAUCCAGUAGUGAUUAUCCGUGGGGCCACUGGUUGUGGCAAGACUACCCAAGUGCCGCAAUACAUCCUGGACUACUACAUUCAGGGAGGCAGGGCAUCAGAAUGCAACAUUGUUGUCACUCAGCCUCGGCGAAUCAGUGCUGUAUCAGUGGCUGAGCGAGUGGCAUUUGAGAGAGGUGAGGAGGUUGGGAAGAGCUGCGGCUACAGUGUGCGCUUCGAGUCCAUCCUGCCCAGGCCACAUGCCAGCGUCCUGUUCUGCACAGUCGGUGUGCUGUUAAGGAAGCUGGAAGCUGGUAUACGAGGUAUAAGCCAUGUGAUUGUGGACGAAAUACAUGAGCGAGAUCUUAAUACUGACUUCUUGAUGGUGGUGUUGAGAGAUGUGGUCCAGGCCUUCCCUGAUGUACGAAUCAUUCUUAUGUCUGCCACCAUUGACACCACCAUGUUCAGAGAAUACUUCUUCAACUCCCCCGUUAUUGAAGUCUUUGGACGCACGUACCCUGUGCAGGAAUACUUCCUGGAGGACUGCAUCCAAAUGACACAGUUUGUGCCUCCUCCAAUGGACAGGAAGAAAAAAGACAAGGAUGAGGAAGGUGGUGAGGAGGAGGUGAACUGUAAUUUGGUGUGUGACCCAGAGUAUGGUCCAGAGACCAAGCGUUCAAUGGCCCAGUUAAAUGAGAAGGAGACUCCAUUUGAACUUAUCGAAGCUCUGCUGAAGUAUAUUGAGACUUUGCAAGUGGCAGGGGCAGUGCUGGUGUUUUUGCCUGGUUGGAAUCUGAUCUACUCUAUGCAAAAACACCUGGAGAUGAGUCCACACUUCGGAAGCCAGCGUUACAGGAUCUUGCCUCUCCACUCUCAGAUCCCUAGAGAGGAACAGAGGAGGGUUUUUGAGACUGCGCCAGAGGGAGUGACAAAGGUAAUUUUGUCCACAAAUAUUGCUGAGACCAGUAUUACCAUCAACGAUGUGGUAUAUGUUAUUGACUCCUGCAAGCAAAAGGUGAAGCUCUUUACUUCCCACAACAACAUGACCAACUAUGCCACUGUAUGGGCCUCCAAGACCAACCUGGAGCAGAGGAAGGGACGAGCUGGUCGCGUUAGGCCAGGCUUCUGCUUCCAUCUCUGCAGCAGAGCACGCUUCGAAAAACUCGAGACCCACAUGACUCCUGAGAUCUUCCGCACACCACUGCAUGAAGUAGCCCUCAGUAUUAAGCUGCUCAGGCUGGGGGGUAUUGGACAGUUUCUGUCCAAAGCAAUCGAGCCUCCUCCGCUGGAUGCUGUUAUUGAAGCUGAGCACACUCUCCGAGAGCUGGAUGCCCUUGACUGUAACGAUGAGCUGACCCCACUGGGCCGUAUCUUGGCCAAACUCCCCAUCGAGCCACGCCUGGGAAAAAUGAUGAUUAUUGGCUGCAUCUUAAACGUGGGAGAUGCCGUAUGUACCAUUUCUGCAGCCUCUUGCUUCCCUGAGCCCUUCAUCAACGAGGGCAAACGUUUGGGCUUUGUUCAUAGGAACUUUGCAGGCACACGGUUCUCUGACCAUGUGGCCUUGCUUUCAGUUUUUCAGGCCUGGGAUGAAGUCAGAAUGGGUGGUGAAGAUGCGGAAAACCGAUUCUGUGAGCAUAAGCGGUUGCACAUGUCAACUCUGAGGAUGACCUGGGAGGCUAAAGUCCAGCUGAAAGAUAUCCUCAUUAAUGCAGGCUUUCCUGAAGAGUGUCUCAUGAACCAGAUUUUCAACAAUGUGGGGCCAGACAAUAACCUUGAUGUGGUAAUCACCCUCUUGACCUUUGGGUUCUACCCAAAUGUCUGUUACCAUAAGGAAAAGAGGAAGAUCUUGACUACAGAAGGCCGAAAUGCACUUAUCCACAAGUCUUCUGUUAACUGCCCCUUCAGUAGUCAUGACAUGACAUACCCAUCACCUUUCUUUGUGUUUGGGGAAAAGAUUCGGACUCGAGCCAUCUCCGCAAAAGGAAUGACUAUGGUCAGCCCUCUUCAGUUAAUUUUGUUUGCCUCAAAGAAAAUCACUUCAGAUGGGGAAACUGUUGAGCUUGAUGACUGGAUCAAACUGCGGAUCCCGCAUGAAGUAGCUGGGGGUGUGGCGGCACUGAGGGCUGCAGUGGAAGCACUUGUGGUGGAGGUGAGCAAAGAUCCAGAAUACAUUCGGAAUAUGGAUCCCACCAACGAGCGCCUCCUCAACGUCAUACGGCUCCUGUCCAGACCCUCCUCUGCAGGGCUCAACCUUAUGGCCAACAACCAACGCUUUGGAGAUGGUCCACGGCCGCCAAAGAUGUCCCGGAUGGAUGGAGACGGAGGAUUCAGGGGGCGUGGAGGGUACCAGGGUAAUAGAGGGUUCAGAGGUGGAGAUGGUGGAGGAUAUGGAGGAGGCAGGGGUGGAGGAUAUGGAGGAGGCAGGGGUGGAGGAUACAGAGGAGGUGGUGGAUAUGGUGGUGGUGGAUUCCGUGGAGGGUACAGAGGGUCAGGAGGGUACGGAGGUGGAGGAUAUAGAGGAUCUGGUGGUUACCGAGGUGGCGGUGGAUACGGGGGAGGUAGAGGCUUUAAUAGAGGUGGAUAUGGAGGCUUUUAGGGGAGACAUCUGAGUAAAUGUCCACAGAGAAGUAGUUUUUAGUUCUUUUGUUUUGGCACCUUUUUUCCUCCUUUGCAGAGUUCAGAUAUUUGCAAUACUGUUAAAUUGUUAUUUAAACGCAAAUUGUUCUGUAAUGUAGCUGUGAAAUGUUUUACACUUGACUGUUUAAAGAUUGUAAAAAUGUAAUUUGCAGAAGUUAGUCAGUAACUCAUCAACUUUUGGUUGCUUUUCAGAUGGAUUACACAAAACUUAUGGUCUUCUAAAUUCUUAGGAACAGUUUAGUGAAGUUUUUUUUUGUCAUGCAUGGAAGUAAUAUUUUGUUAUUUCACAAGCCAUGCUUACAUCCAACAUUUGAGCAGGAGUUUGUCUGUUGAUGUUUUCAUUGACUGUACUGUGUGACUAAUUGCAAAAAAUAUUAUACAAAUGUUAAAACAUUCCCUAAUUUGAUGUACAAAAUGCAAGUUCUCAUUAAACGGUUUAUUAAGUGCUGUUUGAACUCUA